GUGUGGUUUUCUUUCCCUUCUUUUUGUUUAGUGUAUACCAAGAAGAUGGCAUUUGGAUUUCCAGUUCUUUGUCUUGUCCUGUGCAUCAUCUUUGUUGUACUUUUCCAUCUACUUAAGAAGCCAUCCGAUGGUGAAGUUCCCCAUCCAUGCCACACUCCACCAUGUCCAACUCAUUGGUUUUGGUAUCAAGGAAUGUGCUAUUACUUUUCAGAGGGAGAAAAAAACUGGACUUCCAGCCAGGACUUCUGCUUUUCCCAUAAUGCUUCCUUGGCAAGGAUUACAAAGGAAGAAACGGAUUUUAUACACCUUCUCAAAGGGAAGGACGCCUUCUGGAUUGGCCUCAGAAGAUCCCCAGGUCAGCCCUGGACAUGGCUAAAUGGAGACAUUGCAACGUUGGAGGUUCUUGGCGAUGGAGGAGAUUGUGCUUAUUUGGACAAUGAAUUCAGAGCCAUUUCAGCCAGGUGUAGAACAACAUUCCGUUGGAUGUGCAGCAAACCGGAUGUGUUGAAAUAGCCAAAGUAAAUGAGAAAGAUGAUCAGACAAGAGGGGUACCCGGAAGCAUUCUACAGCAAAACAGACCAAGAGGAGAAAAUGACUGUACACUAUUCACUGUUACCUUCAGCCCAUACCUUAGCCACUCAUGUGCACUGGAGAAACUGUUUUGUGAGCCGCCCAGAAUA